AGGGAUGCAAGGGAGUGACGAGAAAGGCAGAGAUUAUCCUGGGCAAUGAAAGGGGCGACAUCAAGAGGAAUAGCAGCUGUGUUCUUCAUGGCCUUCAUCGCUCUCGGCCAUGGCUUCGUCCCAACAAGGCCCUUGUUCCGACCCUCCAACAAGGCGAUGGUGAGGAGUUGGUUCCGGAGGAGCGCAUCUUUGCUCCCAGCUCCGUCCACGUGGCCAGGAGCUGCAAGAGCAAGGACUUUCACCUCCUCCCUCGCCUGCCAUGACAAGAACGAGGAGAAGCAGAUCGAGGCGAUGCUGCGAGAGAAGAUCAGAGUAAAGAGAGCAGGACAGGACGAGCCUCAGUCGCCGCUGCUGGCAGGCCUGAACGAAGCUCAGAAGCAGGCUGUUACGGCUCCCAUCGCUCCUAUCAUCGUCCUCGCUGGCCCUGGUUCAGGCAAGACGAGAGUCCUCACGAGCAGGAUCGGGUACUUGAUCUCCAAGGGAGCAACGCAGGACUCGAUAGUGGCGGUGACCUUCACCAACAAGGCUGCAAAAGAGAUGAAGCAGAGGAUCAAGAGCCUUCUGGACAUACAGCACGACUCCAUGCUCGCCAUAACUGUCGGGACGUUCCACUAUGUCUGCAUCAGGGGAUGCGAUCGGGUUGGAUCCAAACUUCCUGAUUUUCGACUCGAACCAACAGAAAGAGCUGGUCAAACA